AUGUUCGGGUGCUGCAAGAAGAAGAAAACGAACAAGUCGUUGGAUGAGCUCAAAAAAGAUAUCGUUAUCGAUGAUCACGAGAUUCCCCUCGACGCUCUUCUCAAGAGAUACUCAUCGUCUGAAACUGCUGGAAUAUCGGAGGCAGAAGCUGCGUCCCGGCUCAAAAAAGAUGGUCCAAACGCGUUGACUCCUCCCAAGCAGACAUCUAAAUGGGUGAAAUUAGCUGGCUCAAUCUUCGGAGGUUUCAACUUUCUUCUUUGGUGUGCUGCUGUUGCGUCAGCUAUUGGUUAUGGUAUGGAUCUGUCGAUGAGUGGUGACGAAGAAGUCCCGAAAGAUAAUAUGUAUAUGGCUCUCAUUCUGGCAACUGUUGUCACUGUAACUGGAUUCUUUGAUUUUUAUCAAGACAGGAAAAGUGGAAAUUUGAUGGAUUCAUUCGCCAACAUGAUCCCACCGAAGACCCUGGUCGUCAGAGAUGGAACAACAAAAGAAAUCGAAGUGAAGGAUCUUGUUGUUGGAGAUUUAGUUCGUUUCCGAGGAGGAGAUCGUGUUCCUGCUGAUCUUCGUGUUACUCUGGCCAGAGGACUAAAAGUGGACAAUUCCAGUUUAACAGGAGAAUCUGAACCACAGACCAGAAAUACCAAUUUCACAAGCAAGAAUCCAUUGGAAACAAAGAACUUAUGUCUAUUCAGUACAAGUGUUCUCGAAGGAUCCGGAGAGGGAAUCAUCAUCAGAACUGGAGAUCGGACUGUAGUUGGAAGAAUCGCCGCAUUGACCACUCAAGUGGAUUCUGGACCAACUCCAUUGGCAAAAGAAAUCAAUCAUUUCAUCAAAAUCAUUUCUGUGGUUGCAUUCACUGUUGGAGUUGCAUUCUUUGUUUUGGCCGUUGUUUAUGAGUAUCCACUUCUCAAGGCUAUCGUGUUCUUCAUGGGAAUUGUCGUAGCAAAUGUUCCAGAAGGAAUCGUCCCCACUGUAACAGUCAGUCUAACACUCACAGCCGUCAAAAUGAGGAAGAAGUUUUGUCUUGUCAAAAAACUUCAAGCUGUCGAAACGCUCGGAUCUACAUCCACGAUUUGCUCUGAUAAAACGGGAACUUUGACUCAAAACCGAAUGACUGUAACCCAUUUAUGGUUCGACGGUCACAUCAAAGACGCCGAAUUGCUGCCACCGAAUGAGAAUUAUCACGGAGAGAAGAGAUAUUUGAACAAUGACUCUUAUCAGAAACUGUUGAGAUGUGCGACACUAUGCAGUCGAUCUCACUUCAGAGUUCCUGAAUUUGAUGUUCCUCUGGCUAAACGUGUUGUGAAUGGAGAUGCUUCUGAAGUAGCUAUCAUGAGAUAUUGUGAAAUGAUUCGUGGCGAUGGGCAAGUCGACGAAUUCCGGAAAACGAUGCCAAAAGUUGGCGAGAUUCCAUUCAACUCCACCAACAAAUAUCAAUUUUCAAUUCAUCCAAUGUCCGAGAAACAGAAUAUUCUUGUGAUGAAAGGAGCUCCAGAGAAGAUAUUGAAGCUGUGCUCAACCUAUUACCACGAAGGAGAAACGAAGAAUGUAUCGAAGAAGUUUGAGAGGGAUUUCCAGAAAGCAUACGAAACACUUGGAUCCUAUGGAGAACGAGUUUUGGGAUUCUGUGACCUUGAAAUGAGUACGACAAAGUUUCCACCAGGAUAUCAGUUCAACAUGGAGGAUCCCAACUUCCCCAUUAAAAAUCUUCGUUUCCUUGGCUUGAUUGCAAUGAUUGAUCCACCACGUCCUGGAGUUCCAGAAGCUGUUCGUGUCUGUCAGAAUGCUGGAAUCCGCGUUGUCAUGGUUACAGGAGAUCAUCCCAUCACUGCCAGAGCUAUCGCCACCCAAGUCCAUAUCAUUGAACAAAAUGAACAAGUCACUGAAAUUGUGUCCCCUGAUCCGAAAUGCGAUCCAGCGAGUGAUGAGAUCUACGGGAAAGGGAGACUCAAGGCAACAGGAGCUGUGGUCAUCCAUGGAGAACAAUUGAGCACGAUGUCACCGAAAACACUGAAGACAGUGGUUACCAAUUACCAUCAGAACCAUUUUUUCCAGAUCGUGUUUGCUCGAACUUCCCCAGCUCAGAAACUUCAAAUCGUCGAAGCCUUCCAAUCGGUCGGAAAUGUAGUUGGUGUGACUGGUGAUGGAGUUAACGAUGCUCCUGCUCUACGUAAAGCUGAUAUUGGAAUUGCCAUGGGAAUCGCUGGUACUGACGUUUCAAAACAAGCUGCUGAUAUGAUUCUUCUCAAUGACAACUUUGCCUCGAUUGUCACUGGAGUUGAGGAAGGUCGUCUGAUCUUUGAUAAUCUCAAAAAGUCGAUCGCUUACACUUUGACUAGUAACAUUCCAGAAAUCACUCCAUUCAUGUCCUAUGUUCUAUUCGGUCUACCGCUUCCAAUGUCGAUCAUUGCCAUUCUUAUGAUUGAUCUUGGAACUGAUCUCUGGCCAGCCAUUUCAUUUGCCUACGAAGUUCCAGAAAGUGAUAUUAUGCAGAGAGCUCCUCGUAAUCCAAUCCAUGAUAAACUAGUCAACAAACGACUUGUCAUGUUCUCCUACAUGCAAAUUGGAGCGAUUCAAGCAUGCGCAGGAUUCACAACCUAUUUUGUAUUGAUGAUGUCAAAUGGAUGGUUCCCCAAGGAUUUGAUCAAUUUGAGUGAAAAAUGGGACAACAAGUAUAUUGAUGAUUUGGAGGAUAGUUAUGGGCAACAAUGGAGUUAUGAGAGUCGAAAAGCUCUUGAAUCAUGUUGCUACGGAACAUUCUUCUUCACGAUUGUCGUCACACAAUGGGCGGAUUUGUUUGCUUCCAAGACUAGGAAGAAUUCGUUGGUUAUGCAAGGAUUGGAAAAUCAAGUUCUCAACACUUCGGUCAUUUUCACAUGCUUCCUGGCCACUUUUGUUCUCAACACCCCAUUCGUGAAUGAAGUUUUAGGAGUCCAAGGAUUCCGUUUGGAAAUUGGAUUCCUUGCAUUACCAUUCGCUUUUGCCAUUGGAUUGUAUGACGAAUUCAGAAGAUUCUUCAUCAGAAAUUAUCCCGGAGGAUACAUUUAUAAGGAGACGUUCUAUUGA